ACGGUAUUGACGGAGAAAUGGAAGAAAGACUGACAGAGAAAGUCAUUCAUAGGAAAGCUAGUCGCGGUAGCGAUUGCCAUAUAGAAAUUAACGAAAGUCAGAUCGACGGGAACAACAACAAAUUAAUAACGGAUAUCGAGGAAACGGCAGAAGUCGGCAGCACGCACGAUACUGACGAAGCCGAGGAGUGUCGAGACAACAUAAAAGCUACCUUUCUGCGCAAACUGCCAGCCAAAGCAAACAAAAGUUUACCAAAACAGGUAGCAUGUGAAGCAAGAGAAGACGCCGUGAAUAAAUUCAGAUACCAGAGAUUCAGAAGCGACAGUGAACUGAUAACUAUAUAUCCAAGUUAUAGCGAAAAUACGUUAGAAAGACCAAGAAAGCAUUAUUGGAAGAAUCCGGAUCCUAUUAAGAUAAAUUGCAAUCCGAAAUAUGUCCGUUACCCUUCACAAUGGUCAAGAAGAGAGAGCCUUCCCAUACCAUCAAACAAUAGUCCGAACUUGAACGAGUAUGAUGUGGCUCAACGAAAACGACGGACAAGCACCUACCUUUCCAAUUGGGAUGCAAGCCUGGCUAAAUAUGGAAGAAGUGUUGGAAGAAGUAAAAAACUCCGCCUCAUCCAGCAAUCCGGAGAAUGCAACGUUCAGUUCAGUAAUGUGCACAAACGUUCAUUAAGAUAUUUGAAUGAUAUUUUCACAACAUUUCUGGAACUGCCAUGGAGGUACAACAUUUUCAUUUUCUUGUUCAUAUUUGUCACAAGUUGGAUCGUAUUUGCUAUGUGCUGGUGGACAUUACACGAAAUAAGUGAUCUAGACGCAAACAACGUAAGUUGCGUGGCCGGAGUCGACUCCUUCAAAACUGCUUUAUUAUUUUCAAUCGAAACUCAACAAACCAUCGGAUAUGGAACACGAGCAAUCAACGACAGGUGCGAGUUUGGUUUUUUGCUGCUGAUGCUUCAAAGUGUCUUUGGAGCAGUCACUCAGUGCUUGGUCACGGGAAUUAUCUUCUCAAAAUUAGCCAGACCUAAUCGUCGAGCUGAAACAGUUAUAUUUAGUAAGAAGGCAGUUAUAUGCUCGGGAGGAAAUGGCGAUUCUACCUUAAAUUUAGAAUUUAGGUUAGGAGAUAUGAGAAAUUCCCAACUGAUUGGAAUCGCAAUGAAAGCUGUCGUUGUUCGCAAAACUUUCCUGGAAAAUGGAAAAUACGUAACACUUUGUCAAAAGAGGAUGCAACUUUGCACAGAAUCUGAUGACGAUUUUUACUAUUUGGCUUGGCCAAUAAGAGUGAUCCACAAGAUUGACGAUUGCAGUCCGUUCUGGGGAGCGACUCAAGACCAGAUAAGUCACGCGGAGUUUGAAAUACUGAUCGUGUUAGAAGCUAGUUGUGAAGCCACUGGGAGCACUGUUCAAGUGAAAACAUCUUACCUUCCGAGCGAGAUUGACUAUGGUUUCAAGUUGGCUCCGUUGUUUACGAGGACCAAGUUGAACGGCCAGUACAAAGUUGAUUAUUCGAAAUUCCACGAAACCAUACCAGACGAUAACAUGCCAAAAACUGAUCCACGCAUCAGCAAGCGUAACUACAUAAUGGCCAACAGCCUGAUGACAAAUGGAUCACUGCCAUCAUUCGAAGAUGAAAAAAGUUGAAGUGCUCAAUUUUUUUAGUCGAAUAAAAUUAGAUUAUAUUUUAACUUACCUAUUAUAUUUUCAUUCCACAUAAUUUUUCAUUUUGAAAUUUUUUCAAUACUUUUUAUAAACUUUCAACUGUGAAACUGUCUCGAUAACUCAUCACAUUAAUAUUAAGUUAGCAAAUUGACUGGCUCGUCCAAACAGCAACCGCCAGGAUUGUUGAAUCUAACGCAAUGUAGAGUUAUUAGUUUCAUCAUGUGAGUUUUUUGGUUGAUGAGGGUCUUAUAGAAAUUAUUUGUAAUACUGAUGUAUUUUUUCAUUUAUUAUUAUGAAGGGUUGAGAUAAAAUAUGCGCCUUGAUACGCCAAAUUUAUAAAUAUCUAUAGCCUGCCUUCUUUAUUUCUACUAUUUUAUUAUAUUUUUGAAAGAUAUUUUUGAUAUUGAUGGAAAUAAAUAUUUUACACGGCAAA